AAUUUAGAACUAAAACAUAACCUCAAAGGAAUUUUGUCACAUAAUUUUCCAUGAGAUUUGUAGUAUGCCGCUACCAAAAUUUGGAAAAAUAUUAAUUUCGUGGUAAUUACUUCAAUAUUAAAAAUUGUACAGUGUUGAUUUAUAACGUUUACUGCGGGCUGGUAUAACUGUAGCGAGUUUGUCCCUGUUCGUGCUGUCCCGGAACACUAUCAAUGCGCGCCGUCUGGAGAACAUGAGAGCGCGGGAACGCAUGCGCAGAUCCAACGAAGGAGAAUACCCUGAUAUUUAUAGAAAACUUUGAAUUUUAUUGUUUUAAACUAAAACCUACACCAUGGCGGUGCCCCAGCUGGACCCGGCAAAGCUCCAGCUCGUUCAAGAGCUUGAGAUCGAGAUGAUGUCGGACAUGUACAACCGGCUCGUCAACGCUUGCCACCGGAAGUGCAUACCUGUCAAGUACCACGAGCCUGAACUGGGUAAAGGAGAGUCAGUGUGCCUGGACCGCUGCGUAGCCAAGUACCUGGACGUACACGAGCGCAUAGGCAAGAAGCUCUCCAGCAUGUCACAGGGCGACGCAGAGGUCGCGCAGGACCUCACCAAGAUCAACCUUCAGGAGAAGAAGUAGGAGAGGGGGGUUAAUGAUAAACAUUAGAUGCUAAAUUUAUAAAUAGACAUAUUAAAUAUAUUCAAAAGAUA